AUGACAAAAGGCGGCUCGACAUCCUUGCAAGAACUCUGCGCCAGAGUGCAAACCCUCUUACCAGAGAAAUUCAAGAAAGAGGCCUGGUAUCUGAUCGUUGCCUCGGUCCUAGUUGGCUGUGGUAAACCAUCCGAGCUUGGUCCUCUGUAUACAGAUCUUGUAGAAAAUGCCAAUGAUGCCGAGGAAAAACGCAUCAAAGACCGUCUGAGCGACGUGUUGAUGAAAGAAUGGACGCUUGUCGGCAUACCGCCUGUGAUUUAUGGCGUGACCGCGUUGGGCAAAGCAGAGACUGCUAGAAAUGAAAAGAGAGGAAUCACAAUCGAGCCGCCUUCAGAAGGAGGGCUACUGGAAUUCCCAGAGCAUAGAAAAAACAUCGACAUGAACGGUACUAUCCCCGAUAGAGGAACAAAAUUUCUCCAGCAGCUAUACCUGCAAAACCUCGCCCCCAUCUGCUCGUCAUGGGGCUCACUCGCCAGUGACUUUAUGUGGAUGGAGCGUGCGGUCAUCUACGGUCUCUUUCUCUCAGACCACCAAGUUUUGUCUGCCGUAGAAGCAGAACUGGUGAUUCUCGCAAGUAUCAUGACCCAGGGUCUGAGUACGCCUACAAUAUGGCAUCUAAGAGGAUUGAGAAGGCUGGGUGUUAGUGCACCGGAUACUGAGAGUGUGCAGCAGGCGAUCGAGGCUGUUGCAACGUGGUCAGGACGGUCGAUUGAGGGAUGGCCAAGGGUCACAGAUGUCCCAGAUCAGAUUGACGGCUGA